AUUUAGAAAUGUUCCUCCAGCAACUCAGGAGCAAGUCAAGUCAGUCUUCCUGUGAACUGUUUGGGGAUGGCUGCUCGUCUUUAAUAUAAAAGCAAUCCGGGAUCCAUCUCACACUUGUGAUAUGCUUAUUGGGUCUUUUUCAACUUUGCCCCACUUUUAAACUGGAGAUGUGGUGGAUGCUGUUCCCACGUUGGAUCUGGUUCCUGGCCAGUGUGUGGAUGGAGGUGGCGGCCCAUACCUCUUACUCCCAUGCGGGGAUGUGUCCUAACGACAUGAACCCCAACCUGUGGGUGGAUGCCAUGAGUACUUGUACUAGGGAGUGUCAAUCUGAUCAGGAUUGUGAAUCCUUUGAGAAGUGUUGCCAAAAUGUGUGUGGGAAUCGUAGUUGUGUGGCAUCAAGACACAUGGUUGGCGAGAAUGGCCCCGUGGGGAUGCCCCAGGAAGCCACCUGUGCCACCUUCAUGUGCACCCAGCAGGGGUCACAGUGUGACAUCUGGGACGGGCAGCCGGUGUGUAAAUGCCGCGAUCGUUGUGAGAGGGAGCCUCAGUUCACGUGCGCGUCUGACGGCAUGACCUACUACAACAAGUGCUACAUGGACGCGGAGGCGUGCUCCAAGGGCAUCAGCCUCUCUGUCGUCGCCUGUCGCUUCCACCUCACCUGGCCGAGCACAAGCCCAGCGUUGCCCCUGGUAACCACUCCCCGCCCGACAACCGCCCCCCUGCAGGUGACUGUCCCGUCUCCUUUCGAGCCUCAAGCGCCUGUUGUCCUGAGCCUGCCGCACCUCCAGACCGUAAAUGUGGGCAACACUGCCAGCUUCCUGUGUGAUGUAACCGGGGAACCGCCGCCUGAGAUCACCUGGGAGAAGCAUCUUCCCGACAAGGUGCAGAGGGUGGUCAUGAGGCGCAAUCACGUUCAGGGGAACAUGGUGGUCACAAACGUGGGUCAGUUGGUCAUCUAUAAUGCUGAAAUGCGCGACUCGGGCAUCUACACCUGCACGGCUCGGAACCCUUCCGGCUCAGUGCAGGCCCACCACCCUCUGACCGUGCUGCCCACAGAGCCACCCAAAAGGCCAGAUUCUAACAACCAGAGCCGGUGUCUCCCAGAGGAGUGUCUCAAGCCCCCUAACAAUCCAGAGGAUUGUGGGAGUGACUUGGAGAAAGUGACCUGGUUCUAUGAAGCCCAAAGUAACAUCUGCAUGUCUUUCAGUCACUGCCAAAGCAGCGACCAGCACCCGACCAAGCACUUUGAGACGUAUGAUGAGUGCAUGCAAUGCUGUGGUCCGGAGCUGUCGAGCCCUUGUGACCUACCAAGUCUGCAAGGGCCAUGUAAAGCCUACGAGCCACGCUGGGCCUUCAGCAGCAGUCUGCGACAAUGCCAGUCGUUCAUCUACGGAGGAUGCGGAGGGAACGACAACAACUUUGAUUCCAAAGAAGCCUGUGGGGAGACGUGCCCGUACCCGAAGAAACACGACUGCAAAGCCUGUAAACCGAGAGGUAAGAUAGUGACCAGCUUCUGCCGCAGUGACUUUGUCAUCCUGGGUAGCAUGACCGAGCUCACAGAGGAGAAAGACUCAGGUCACGCCCUGGUGACGGUGGAAGAGAUCCUCAAGGACGACAAGAUGGGCCUCCGCUUUUUUGGCAAGGAGCCUCUGGAAGUCACCUUCCUCAAUAUGGACUGGAGCUGCCCCUGCCCAAAUAUCAGGGCCGCCGCCGAGGGCCAAGUUAUCAUCAUGGGCAACGUCAACGAGGGCAUGGCCACCCUGCAGCCGCACAACUACGUCGGCGUCUCCAGUCCUCGUCGUGUACGGAAGCUGAGGGAGGUCAUCUCCAAGAACACGUGUGACAUUCUCAAAGCCAUCACCAACAGUCCUCAGUAGGUCACCACUGAGACUAAACCACACCAGGGAAAACACUUCACCCUCUGCAGCCGUAGUCAUUGAACAGAUUCUACGUAAUCACAGGGAGUCUGUUGACGUCAACAACACGUCAAAAUUGACCCACUCAUCGAGUCCCGAUCCACGCUGAAGCCAACUUUGACGUACUUGACAUUUCAUUUUCAUUUCUAUGAAAAAUGAGUUGAGUUUUGCAGAAGCAGAUUUGUGAUCAUGUCAAAAUCAACACAAACUAACAGCAGCAAAGGAAGUGACACGUACCUUCAAAGCUUCAGCAUAGAACCCAAGGUCCUUUCUUCCUCUGCUGUACAUUUCUUAGCCGCUUUGGGUGGGUACCUCUCACAUUUGAACCAAUACGGUACCAAUUCCCGGUACCUGGGAACACAUUUUUGGUACUUUUGUGUGUGUUUAUGUGUUAUUAAAUGUAACAAUUCAAUACUUCAACAUUUAACAAUGAGCUGAUAAUGAUAGCUGUCCUGUCCAGUUGUUAUAUCUUGAUUUUUUUACAUUUCUGAGUCUCAUUUGCAAGUGUCAUAUCAACAUGUUUGCAUGCAGUUUCAGUUCCAAAACGCUAAAUGGCACUAGUGUAUAAACUACGGUGUGUUGCCUAGCUAAGAAGUAGCUAAAUGUGCCAGUCCAUUCUUAUGUCACGCCCUCCAAAGUGAUUGUACUGUAAGUACUGUACUUGUUACACACUUCGUUUAAUUGCAACAUGCAUCUUGGUUCUAGUUUUCAUUAUCAGAUUUGUUGAAAUCUCCAAGUAAAACCCGCUAAUGCUAAUCAGUAGCAUGUAAAUGGAAAAUCCAAUGUAAAUGAGCAUAGAGCUAGCUCAUUUUGAAAAGAGUGAGCUUUACUGUACGUUUGGGUGUUUUCUAUCAGGCAUCCUUGCUUUGCUGGCAUUGAAAAUUGUAACAUUACCUAGAGGCAGUUUGGCUGAGACUGAUCUGGGGGCAGCUUGAGUGCUUGUUUUCCCGCCAAGUGUUUGAGCCAGUGUUUAGUCUGCAAGUGGACGUGGCGUUGAAAUAUGGUCCCGUUUGAUUUUACAUGACUCCACACCUGGUAGUAUCGGCAGAAUUCCGUUGAUACUUGUAUAUUCAGUACCCAUCCCUAUCAGCUGCCCUGUUUCCACAGCAUACACACUUCACCCAUUUGCACAAAUGGAUGAAAACAAUCUUAACAAAUAAAUUCCACUUCAAAAAUCUAUCAUUAUUGACUAUUUUCCUAAUGUCUCUGGCAAAAGUCACAAGUACAGUAAAUCUGCAAGCAAUAGCUAUUGACACUCGCUUAUGUGGACAACCUCUUAUGUCGACCCGAGUCAAGCACUCGGAGGGACAUCGAUAUGCAUGUGUUUAUGAUUCAUUAUUCUUCUAUGAACUGAAAGUGAAAACAUUCUUUGAAAACAAUUGCAGCCACUUGUUGCUAGGCAAUGUUCACGGCAUAAACCAGCAAUGAUUAGGCCGUUGGAAAGGAAAACUAAACUCUGCUCUGUAUUUAAUACAAAAUUAUUUUUUGGAAAGACAAUGUAGUUUAUUUUUUUUGUCAUUUUAUUUUUAUAUAAUUAUUUGUUUGAACACAUUUCUUACAUUUACGUUGCAGUUUUGGGGAACACAGUCCAAGCGGUAUUUGUGCAGGAUUUACAUAAUAUUUUGUAAAAAUGAAUGCGCUGCAAUAUCUGAACUAUCAACUUUUCUGUUUCGUGUGCUUCCACUUUCUUUUUGGCUAUUUAUUAUCAUGAACGCAUAUUGCUUAUUUUUGUACUGCAAUA